AUGUCCUUCAAGCCCACGCCUGCCUCCGAGACCUGCAGGAGGGCGCAGGCGACUCUCUUCGUCCUCUCGCAGCUCCCCCUCGCCAUCGCACCCAACUAUCCGACCAACCCGCUCACGGCGUCGUCCAACUUCACCGAUCGCCUCGACACCAUUGCCAGCAGCUCAGCACUCGUCCUCGUCGACUACUCGGUCGUUGAUCGCUCGCUGCGUUUCGUCUUCACGAACGAGGCGGAGCGUGAGAAGGGGAUCCGCAAGUCGGUCGAACUCGCCUUGGGUUUGCAGGCUUCUGCUCAGACCGCCAAGGAGUGGAGCCCGAGCGAGAGGCUCAGCCAGCACCGUCCUGUCGAACGCCGGUUCUACGUCCCCAAGCUUGAUCUCGCCGCCUCGACUUUCGACCCGGAUGCCCUUCUUGCGCACUUCCCCCGCCUGUCACAGCUCUUUUCGGCAUUCUGCUAUUCGGUGGAAGCCAAGACCGCCGGCCUGUACGUCAAGGACGACUACGAGAACGUUCCUUCACCGGCGCCUCGACCUCCGGGCUCGAUCUUCCCUCGGCCAAUCAAGCCACCGAUGGCAGCAGAUCAGUCAUCGCCUUCGAGGUCCGCCAGCUCUUCGUCAGCACCGUCGUCGCCGCUUGACCAGGCUCUCGCCCGCCUCAAGUUGCAGCAGACGAGUACCGGCUCCCCGCGUCCCUCCGCCGCCGCGUCUGCGGCGCGCGGGACCAGCGCUCGGCCUCAGCCGCCGUUCCUCGUUUCGGUUGCGACGCAGACGCCUCCUCCUCCGCCUUCGCCAAUCCUCAUCUCUUCUUCCACGGCGACCGAUCGCCCACCUCCACCACCUGUUCUCGUUGACGCAUGCACUCAGCUCGACGCCGACCUCGAGCUGCAGCGCAUUAGCGCGCUCGAAGCCGAAAUUGCGUCGCGUCUGCGCGUCGAACAAGAAGAGCGCGACUCGCGCGCCAGGACUGAGGAGGCCGAGCGCGCUGCUCGUAUGACGAAGGAAGAAGAUGAGCGCAAGGCGCGCAUUUGCCGUGAAGAGGGGCACUAUGCUGCGUACCGGUCGAAGCUCGAGCAGGAGGCGAGGGACGCCGAAGAGAGGGCGCACAGCGUGCGUGACAAGGAGGAGCGCAAGGCGGCGAGCGCGCGCAAGGUCCGCGAGGAGGAGGAGCGCAAGGCGGAGGAUGCGCGUAAGAUCCGCGAGGAGGAGGAGCGCAAGGCGGAGGAUGCGCGGCAGGAGCGGCAGGAGGAAGUGAGGAAGGCCAGGGAUGCUCGCUCUGAGCGGAAGGAGGAGGAGCGUCGCGAGGAGGAGGCGUACGAGAAGCGCAAGGCGGAGGAAGCUCGGGCUGUGCAGGCCCAGGAGGGGGUUGUCAGCGGAGGACAUCCCCAUCGUGCAGGCUUCUGUAUCCGGGUCAUCAACCCCCUCUACAACAACAAGAGGCGCAUGGUCGACUUCCUUCAGGAGAAAUACGGCGAGGUCACCGCCCUCUUCUUCCAACCGACUCUGUUGCACGGCCAGCAAUGGUUUGUUGCGCGGUUUAAGAACCGAGAUGAAGCACUUUCGGUCAUCUCCAACAUCAACCUUGCAAAAGAAGGAAUCGCGACGCGGUGGCCGGAUCAUUACGAAAACGCGCAGGUUCUCGUGCGAAUGAUGUACGACUCGUUCAAACCCUCCGACAUUAAGCCGCUCAUGGACGACAUCGCGACGUGGUACGGCCAGGACCCGAUCGGUGUGGCUCUGCCGCCGGGCAAAGGCAAGCUCGUCCUGCAGAUGUCCACGCCUGCGGCGGCCAAGGAGAUCAUCGAGACGGGCAUCAACCUGAUUGAUCACCGCCGUCGCCCGCUUCUCUUCGCUCCCUGCGACCCGUACUGGAACUUCGUCUGA